AUGCAGCCUUAUUUUACAGGCAGCCACAGGCAACCACGCAGAGUGCAAAUCUCUGGCUCCAACGCCACCCAGAAGUCAAGCAGUCGUGUACUCGAAGACGCACGUCAUCAACGUCAUCAAAGGGAGUUACACAGGCAGAAAGAGGAAUACGCCGUGUUUAUUCAAUCUCGAUGUAGAUGUUUCAUCACCCAGAAAUUGCUUCACAACGAGAAUUUCCUUGAAUUUCAAAACCUCUCUCUCUCACCUUUUAAAGACUACACCCGUCUGACUAGAUUGAUGUCUUUUUCUCGCUUUGAUAGCCCCGAUGUCAUUCGCUGGAUCGAUAUAACGAAUCACUCUUUAGAUAGCUUCGUCGGGGUGGAUGAUAGUUUGAUUCUGUUAUCUCUACUCCAAGUUAUCAGGCUCGACGUCAUUGAUCACCCUUCCCUUCGUCCUCUCCUUCUCAAUUUGUCUCAAAUUCCAAAAAUGAAGACUUUUCUCCUUCAAGUCAGGGUUAUAUCCCGUUUAGUAGAAAAGCUAGAACAAGUGCCACAUGACAUCAGCAAAUCCAAUCCCAUGGUAAAUAACUUGAUGGAUCAACUAUCUCAUCUUAUCAAUCAUUUUGCAUCCCUCGACGAAAUGCUCUACUUCCUGUCCAUCCCCCACUUGCCUACAAGAAUACCGAUAGCCUACAUAGCUCGUAUCUCUGCUAUCUUACCAUUCAAUCUCUUGUUAGCCCACUCGCUCACCCUGGAAGCUAAUAACCUACGUUCACAGUGGUCACUCGAACGACGUAUAUCAUUCGUUGGUAACUUGCUUACGUUUUGUAAAGCAAGAAUCACCACAUGGACUAAGGAUCAAGUCAAUAAUUGGCUAUUACUCCUGUCGAAUGAGGUGAUUGCACUUCCUGAGCUUAGCGAGUUAAGUAAAUCCGAAACUAAACGUACUGUCUUUUUAGACUCGGAUGAUGAGGAUAAUGAGGAUCUGGUACAAUUAAAACAUGGAAUUCAUCCUCGUCUUCUCAAGAGACUGGAUUUGCUUACUGAUAAAUCACACAUCACCACACUCAUCACUUUAUCAAACAAGUUUUCAUCCAUCAGACAACAGCUCUUUAAUUACCUAGCUAUCACAAUAGAAAAGUAUCCUCACAAACGUGAUGAUCUGAUCCACGCCAUACUUUACACCCCCUCAUCAUCGUCGUCAUCUCGUAGUGUUGGUGGACCCGGUGUCAUACGCGAGCUCUGGAGAGCGUCCGUCCGUGGUAGUCCCUUGGCUAGAGUAUCCCUAUCUUCGCCAAGAGGGUUUGUCAAGUUUCUCGGUAAACUGUCAGAAAGAAAAGAUGAUCAAAGCAAUUUGCUUAGUUUCAUUCUUCUAGUAUACUUGUAUUCAAGAUUGCUGGUCACACUCCCUGAUGCAGACUUCCACGCACCAAACUCCCCUAAUCAGGCUUUGUCAAUCGACGAAGUCAUCAGCUUGUCUUCUAUACUGCGCAAUGUCACAUUUGCGCUGUAUACUGCAGAGAACAUACAAAGCGAUACAUUACCAGCUUUGGGAUUCAGAAUGAUGUCUGUUAGAUCGAUACUUACGAAACUUGCUCGACAAAUACAUCAGCGCGACUCGAGGAAACAGUUCACUACCCCAGGACAUUGGCUCAUGACGUCUGAGCUCGACUUAAGAGCAUUCUGCGAUGCUGUCAUUGCCGAAGAAAGGAAGCUUGAAGAUGAAGAUAGCGAUGUUGAGAUGAUGGAUGUCGAUAUGCGCAGAGGUGGUCUAAGAAGGUACAGAAAUACAAAGACGCUUUCGAAGCAGCAAUUGGCCCAGAUUUCUCCAAAGCUAGGUAUACUGAACAACAUCCCCUUCGUUAUUCCCUUCGAUUCUCGUGUAAGUGUGUUUAGGGAACUCAUCAGAUACGACGAAAUUCGCAACAACGUCGAUAGUAUAUUUGAUAGAGUCAAGGCUGAUAUCAGGCGUGAUAAUGUUGCUGAGGAUGGAUUUAACCAACUCAACAUACCAGGAGAUCAACUGAAAGGAAAGGUAUUUAUUCGAUUCUUUGAUCAGUGGGGUAAUUUGGAAGCUGGUGUCGACGGAGGUGGUCUAUUUAAGGAAUUUUUGACAAGCUUGGCUAAAGAAGUAUUUGACACUGAUAGAGGGUUAUGGCUUUCUAACGAAAAACGUCUGCUGUAUCCAAACCCUCACUCAUACGCCAAGGAACCCUCGCAGCUAGACUGGUAUCGCUUUCUAGGUAAGAUUAUCGGAAAGGCACUCUAUAGUGGUAUACUGCUCGAUAUAGGCUUCGCCGAGUUUUUCCUUGCCAAGUGGAACGGCAGACAGUCUCACCUCGAUGACCUUGCGUCACUCGAUCCUCAACUCUACGAUGGGUUACUGUAUCUGAAGAAUUACCCCGGCGAUUCACAAGAUUUGGCAUUAACGUUCGCGGCAUCUGAAGAAGAGUUUGGAGUAACGCGUACAAUGGACCUCAUUCCAAAUGGACAGAACAUCACAGUGACGAGAGACAACAAGAUACAGUACAUACAUCUCGUAUCGCACUACCGUCUCAAUACACAAAUAGAGCCACAGUGCAACGCAUUUUUCCAGGGACUGUCUAGUAUCAUUGAUAACAAGUGGUUGAGGAUGUUUGAUCAGCAGGAGCUAGGUGUAUUGAUUGGAGGUGCUGAAAGUGAUAUUGACCUCGAUGACCUCAAGAAGCAUACCGUGUAUAACAACUACAGCGAAGCAGAUGAGGUAGUAAUUAACUUCUGGUCGGUUGUUCGUUCGUUCAAUCAGCGUGAGAAGGAGCUGCUGCUUUCGUUUGUUACAUCUUGUCCCCGGGCCCCUUUACUUGGAUUUAGGGAACUGAGGCCGUUCUUCGCUAUUUCGAAAGCAUCAGAGGAUGAUUCGUGGCUACCGACAGCUAGUACAUGUGUCAAUUUGCUCAAAUUGCCGGCAUACUCGAAUAAGGAGAAGCUGAGGGAUAAGCUAUUGGCGGCAAUAACAUCAGGCUCAAGAUUUGAGAUUACAUAA